AUGGACUCUCUCUUAGUACAAUGGUUUCCGACAUUUGCUACUAUCGUUUCUGUAGUGGUAGUCAUAUUCUUAGGUCAAUCUCGAUCGAAAACUUGGUUCCGAACGAAUUGGGGCUGGAACUUUGGCAGCAACGUUUUCCCUAGCAAGUCAAUUGAGAUAAAAGUCGAGAGAACCCAUCGAAAGUGGGAAGUCCACAAUAAAGUCAGCGACGAUGAGAAGCUGGAGGAACUCAAAACGCUCAAGCAAUUAUACUAUCAGUUGCAUAAUCUUGAGAAGUUCCCCGAAGUCCUUCCCCAGGCUAAGAGACUCUUGAUCUCCCUACUAGAGGAGACAAGUAGAGUGGGUCAGACACUACCUCUACAUGACACUAUUUUGUCAGUCCAGUCAUUCUCUCGAGAUGGUCUAGAGGAGUUUCAACAAAGGCAAAAUCAUGGUAUUUGCAAGGAAUGGGAGCAGUAUAACCUUCGAAGGAAAGAGGGGUCCCCACGAGAGUUGAUUGGGGACAGGGAAGAAGCAAUUUGGUGGUUGAAACAACUUUCUCCCGUCAAGUAUGUUGAUGGUGCUUGGCUGGGUCACAUUGGCAAGGUGACCACACCAUUUGCCCUCUGGAAGACGAUGAAAGAUGCAUGGCAGAUCUUGUCUGAGGAGUUGGGAGAUGGAGAUUUGAGAAAAAAUCAUGUUCACUUGUACCACAAGCUACUCGAAAGCACCGCUCCGGACUUGCCUACUGCGGAAUCUCUCGACUUUGGUCACCCACGGCAUCAGCUCAACGAGCUUUCUGUAUGGAAAUCCGCAAUCGCUCAACUACUCAUUUCCCUUUUCCCGCAUGAGUUUCUACCAGAGAUUCUCGGAUUCAACCUUCAUUUCGAAGCUGCUUCAAUGGACACGCUAAAGGCUGGAAUGGAAUUGAAAGAAGUUGGGAUAGACCCGUAUUACUUCCUCCUCCACAUAUCGAUAGACAACACCCAUUCCGGCCACAGUGCAAUUGCGAUAGAGGUGGUUUGCGAAUACAUGAGCCACAUACUCAAAAGUGAAGGGAAAGAGGCUGCACAAAAGGCAUGGGGGAAACUUCAGGCAGGAUAUCUCCUCUCAUCCUGCUUGCCAGGAACAGUUAUCUGCCCAUCCAGGAAAAUAUUGAACAAUCGAUCCAAUAUCCAUCUGGAUCCAACUGAAGUGAAGGUGAUUAAUAUCUUCAGGGCUAAGGCACAGGUCGCCCAUGGAUUUCACUGCAGUAGUAGGGUCAAAAUCGGGUCCCGGAGCGUCGCCGACUGGCUUGACCCAGUCGCACUAGAGUCCAAAGAGUGGCAGAAGGGACUUCUCGAUGCGAUGAGCUCUAGCAAAUACUGGAUUUGCAAGGGAGAUAGUAGCAAAAGUCGAUUUAUCCAAGAAUUGCAAUGGAACGGAAGAAUGUUCGGCUCUUUCACCCAGGAUGAAUACGAUGUCUUGAGGGGAUGGAUUGAUAACCUUUCCAACAAAUCCCCAAUCCUACAGACUCCCGAUACCCCAAUGCAUAAUUCCAACGACGACAACCACGAUGACGAUAACGAGGACAUUCUUUCUGGGUACCCUGUAUUUCACCCAUCAUAUAGUGGUAGGGGUUCGGGGGUACCUAAAUCUUUCCAACCAGCCACAGCCCUGUUCACAUUUCAAACACUCCCAACUUUGGAUAUUGGAAGCCGCCCAGUUAUCGAGAGGUUACUACCGCUCUGGCUUUCCCACCCUUGCCUUCUUCAAACGUUCGUGUCGGUUCCAUUUAGGACCAAAAACAUGUUUGUCUGCACAAUCAUCAAGAUUCUGCGUGCACAGGGAGGCUUCGACAUUGAGAGGGAAUGUCCUGCAGGAAUGAGUGAAGUCCAACGUACCAAUAGUCUCGGCCUUGGGGGAAUUGGUAUGAAUAUGAUAGUGCAACAUGGCCUCUCCCUGACUGCGCUACCAUCACUCAAGGCGGUUCUCGAGAUUUUUCCUUCGGAAUUUGCGGUCCAUAUGUUACACUUUUCGAUGCGGCCGAUGGAGUACAAGGCUAUGCUUAUUGGAAUGGCAACUGCGUUUGCGAAGAUGCAUUUCGUACUAUCAAGGUCACAGUUUCCCCUGUUGUCUGCCCAAGAUCAGGACAUUUUGCAGAAGAUAGCUGAGCGAGAGCUAGAAGGGUUGGAACUUUGUUGGGAAGAACUAAAACCAGAUGGCAAAGCGUAUGCCGACUGCUGUGAGGGCUAUCUCACGGCCGCAGAUGAGGUCAAGGGGUGUUUUCAACUAUGA